CUAAAAAGAUCGCCCUACCGCCUUCCAUCUCUACCAUACCAAUUUCGCUAACAUUUUUAUCUGCAGACAGACAGACGCUUCAAUCCCUAAACCCUACCUUCGUCAAUCUCACAGAUCUAAGAAAUGGGCGAAACAGAGAUUAAGGAUAACGAAUACGAGGAAGAGCUUCUAGACUACGAGGAGGAGGACGAGAAGGCCACUGAUUCCGCUGCUGUUAAAGUCAACGGCGAAGCCGUUAAGAAGGGCUAUGUAGGCAUUCACAGUUCCGGAUUCAGAGAUUUUCUUUUGAAGCCAGAGCUACUUCGUGCUAUUGUGGAUUCCGGAUUUGAACAUCCUUCUGAAGGUAAAUAUCACCCAUUACCCAUGUCAUAUGGAGAGGUGCUCAGAUUUGGUAUAUUUUUUUAAAAAACUGAGGAUUGCUUAGCUCAAUUUGUUUGGUUCUUCACCAGUGCAACACGAGUGCAUACCACAAGCUAUUCUGGGAAUGGAUGUUAUCUGUCAAGCAAAGUCUGGUAUGGGCAAAACAGCUGUUUUUGUUCUGUCAACACUGCAGCAAAUUGAGCCCGUUGCUGGUCAAGUAGCUGCUCUUGUCUUAUGUCACACAAGAGAGUUAGCUUAUCAGAUUUGCCAUGAGUUUGAAAGAUUCAGCACAUACCUGACUGAUAUCAAGGUUGCGGUCUUUUAUGGUGGCGUUAACAUCAAAAUUCACAAGGAGCUUCUGAAAAAUGAAUGCCCUCACAUUGUUGUUGGGACACCCGGAAGGAUUCUCGCACUUGCUAGAGACAAAGACCUUGCGUUGAAGAGUGUGAGGCAUUUCAUACUAGACGAGUGUGACAAGAUGCUUGAGUCACUUGACAUGAGGAGAGACGUGCAAGAAAUCUUCAAGAUGACUCCUCAUGAUAAACAAGUAAUGAUGUUUUCGGCUACACUCAGCAAGGAGAUCCGCCCUGUCUGCAAAAAGUUUAUGCAAGAUCCAAUGGAAAUUUAUGUUGACGAUGAAGCCAAGUUGACUCUACAUGGUCUCGUACAGCACUACAUCAAAUUGAGUGAGCUGGAGAAGAACCGUAAGCUGAAUGAUCUGCUCGAUGCAUUAGAUUUCAAUCAAGUCGUGAUAUUUGUCAAAAGUGUAAGCAGAGCAGCUGAGCUCAACAAAUUGCUUGUGGAGUGUAAUUUCCCGUCAAUCUGCAUCCAUUCUGGCAUGUCCCAGGAAGAAAGGCUGACACGCUACAAGGGGUUCAAGGAAGGGCACAAGAGAAUCUUGGUGGCAACAGAUUUAGUCGGUAGGGGUAUUGAUAUCGAACGAGUGAACAUUGUUAUAAACUAUGACAUGCCGGAUUCUGCUGAUACUUAUCUCCAUCGUGUUGGAAGAGCUGGAAGAUUUGGAACUAAAGGUCUUGCAAUCACAUUUGUGGCUUCGGCUGCUGACUCAGAUGUUCUUAAUCAGGUUCAGGAGAGGUUUGAGGUUGAUAUUAAAGAGCUUCCUGAGCAGAUCGAUACUUCAACUUAUAUGCCUUCGUAGGAUCAACAGCAGUAGUAUUUAGUAAGUGUGACGGCCAUCUGGAUCAUAAACAAACGAUUGCGAACGUUGUCUGUCUGAUCAUGAGAUGGUUCAGUCUUGAACUUAUGGUUUGUUGAGUUUUGUAACAUCUAUAAACUUGUUUUCCAGACUUUUGUCUAGUUUAACUGCAGUAUGCAAUCUAGACCAUUUGUCAGUAGUUUUUUUUGUUACGUGGAUUGUUCUUGAA